AUGGAGAUAGAUGAUAUCCCCUGUGUGGGGAAGCCUUUCACUUGGGUUAGGCCUAAUGGCUCUUGCAAGAGUAAGCUAGAUAGAGUGUUAGUUUCUAAUGACUGGCUAUCUAAGUGGCCUGAUAGCUCCCAAUUCAAUCUUGAAAGGAACUAUUCAGAUCACCGCCCCAUCCUAAUGAAUUCUAAAUGCACUGAUUGGGGCCCUAAGCCUUUUAGGAACCUCAAACAUAGGCUAAAAACCUGGAGCAGAGAUAAUUGUGGAGACCUAGGCAACAAGGUGAAGCAAACUCAGAAAAAGCUGAAUGAUCUGGAGGAUUCUCUCACAGCUCACCCCUCUGAACAGAAAAUUCAACAGCUUAAAAAACCACAGUCUGACCUUUGGGAGCAGUCUUUUCUUCAUGAAUCAAUAGUGAGACAGAAAUCUAGAAGUAAGUGGAUCAAACAGGGUGAUGGCAACACCUCUUACUUCCACAGAAUUAUUAACUUUAGCAGAAGAAGGAAUGCCUUGAGGGGGCUGCAUAUUGAUGGCAAUUGGGUAGAUAAACCUGCUGUGGUCAAGGCUGCAAUUCUCCAGCACUUCCAAGCCAGAUUUGCUGAACCUUCCUUGAACAGACCCAACCUAGAUGGGGUUUCCCUUAAUGUUCUAUCCAAUAAUCAGAGAGAAAUGAUGGUGGAACCUUUUAAAGAGGAGGAGAUUUCUAGUGCUGUGUAG